AUUUAUCCUAUGUUUCUUUUCCAAUUCUUUGUUUCUUCCAUUAAGAAAAGACAUGCAAAUUUCUCUGGUUUGGUUUCGGGAGUGCGGUGUGGAGAGUGAGACGGGAGAGUGAUUCUGAAGAUUAGGAGUUGAGCAAUGGCAGGAGAAGAGCCGGUCGAAAUCGAAAUUCGCACGCUAAUGGGUGAAUCCACCAUUGUUAGCAUAUCGAGAAAUAAGACCGUCGAAGACUUGAAGUACUUCCUGGUUCUCGACUUCUCUCCGGCUUCUACUUCCCCAAAUUUCAAUCUCUUCUUCAAGGGAGUUAGAUUAAACUUGAGUAGUCCAUUAUCUACACUUGAGAUUCAGGCUGGUGAAUUUGUUGUACUAAUUCCAUUUGCAAAGAAGGAGAGGAAACCGGCUUCAAAACCUGGUCCCCUUGGGGAUAUGAUGCCCAAACAAAGCUCCAUCUCACGGUUUGCAGAUGCUGCAUAUUCAGAUAUGAUGCAAGAUUUGUCAUCGAUGAUUGAUGAACCAAGCAAUGCCCGCGGCAAUCAUGGUUGUGAGGCUACUGAUAGUAGUUUCCCCAGACACAAACGGAAAAGGAAUCUGGACGUGUAUGGCGGGAACCUUGUAGAGGAUGGGGUAGUGUAUGAUUUUCUAUCGAUUGUGUUGAGGUCUCCAAACAAGAAAAUCACUGAGGGGGUGCACUGUGAGAAGUUUGUGAAGGUUUUGGAAUCAAUCAGUUGUUUGUCCGUUCCACAUUCCGGGAUGUGCAUGUUGUUGGCUGCUUCAGCUAAUGGUGACAGAGAGUACAGAGACAAGCCAGUUCAGUGUUUAUGUCCAGCAUGGCUUAGAAGAAUUAUGGAGGCGUUUGCUUUCAUUAAUAUCCUUUCUUCCUUUCUUCAUCUGCAAAAAGAAGAAAUUACUUCUGGUUGUUUGAAGGAGGCAUUGAUGCAGCUCAGAAUGUAUGGGUGCGGGGUUUGUUUUGAGGAUGUAAAGCGUCUUUCUGUCCUUUGUCCUAAGGGCAGAUACUAAUCUUCACAGAUAGCACCAAGCUGGAAAAUUCUCCUGGGGCCAUUGUUGUCAUUGAUGAUGAAAGCGAACAGAGGAAUGGGAUUGGAUUUGGUCGAAAAGGCGUAUCUUUGUCAAGGAUGUUUAGUGCAGUUAGAAAACGGGACAUUUUGUUCAAAACGUAUGUUUGUGAAGCAGUUAGAAAAUUGAUGGGCAAAAGUGGUAAUGCACUCCAGGUUUUGUUUUCCUUGGAUGAUUUACUAACAUUUGUGAAGAAAGCCGGGAUUACAUGGAGUGGCAAUCUUCCGGAAUCUUCAAAGAAAUGCUUUACGUCAUCUUCAAGUUCUCGCUCAAGUCAAGCACGAUGCUCUGAGAGGGAUCAGUUGUUGCCGAUCGAAAUGGUCGAACAUCUACUAAAAGGGAUGGGUUCCAAUGGGCAGAUGGUGCACGUUGAAGAAAUUAGAGCAAGAAAAGCUCAGUAUGCAGAUAUUCCUGAUGAACUCUCAACAAAUACAAAAUCUGCGCUAGAAUGUAUGGGAAUCAACAAAUUGUAUACCCAUCAGGCCGAAUCCAUCAUGGCCUCCCUGAAGGGGAGAAAUGUUGUGGUGGCAACAAUGACAUCCAGCGGAAAAUCUCUUUGCUACAAUGUGCCUGUUUUGGAAGCAUUGUCCCAGAAUUUGCAGGCAUGUGCUUUAUACUUGUUUCCGACUAAGGCAUUAGCUCAAGAUCAAUUGAGAGCAUUGCUAGCUAUGAAGAAAGCAUAUGACACAGACAUAAAUAUUGGUGUUUAUGAUGGCGACACUUGCCACGAGGAAAGAAUGUUGCAUCGCUCUGAUGCUAGACUGUUGAUUACAAAUCCAGACAUGUUACACUUGUCAAUUUUACCAUAUCAUGGGCAAUUUAGUAGGAUUCUAACAAAUCUUAGGUUUGUGGUCAUUGAUGAAGCUCAUAUGUAUAAGGGAGCACUUGGAUGCCAUACUGCUCUCAUACUUAGAAGACUCCGGCGCCUUUGUUCUCAUGUAUAUGGCACGGAUCCUUCGUUUGUAUUUUCCACAGCAACGUCUGCCAAUCCUAGGGAGCAUUGCAUGGAGCUUGCAAAUCUCUCAACAUUGGAGCUUAUAGAAAAUGAUAGGAGCCCCUCCUCUGAAAAGCAAUUUAUCCUUUGGAAUCCUUCUUCCCUUAAAUCUGUAGGUGCUCUUCUCUCCAUGAGGUUACAGGUGCAAAAUGAAACUGGUAGAGAUAUCAAUGGCUCUGCAGACAAAAGCAUAAGUCCAAUCUUCACAGUUGCAUGCCUUUUUGCUGAGAUGGUUCAACAUGGACUUCGGUGUAUUGCUUUUUGCAAAUCACGCAAGCUCACUGAACUUGUUCUCUCCUAUACACGUGAGAUUCUCCAAGAGACAGCUCCCAACCUCAUAGAUAAAAUAUCUGCAUACCGAGCUGGCUAUAUACCUGAGGAACGGAGGAAAAUUGAAAGAGAUUUCUUCAGUGGUGAGCUUUGUGGCAUUGCUGCAACAAAUGCUCUAGAGUUGGGUAUUGAUGUUGGACAUAUAGAUGCCACACUACACCUAGGCUUUCCUGGUAGCAUUGCUAGCCUGUGGCAGCAAGCAGGCAGGUCAGGCAGAAGAGAAAAGGCUUCUCUUGCUGUGUAUGUUGCUUUCGAAGGCCCUCUAGAUCAAUAUUUCAUGAAAUAUCCUAGAAAGCUCUUUGGUAGUCCAAUUGAGUGCUGUCAUAUUGACGCUCAGAACCUGCAGGUAGUUGAACAGCAUCUCGCAUGUGCUGCUUUUGAACAUCCAUUGAGUUUGAAGUAUGAUGAGAACCAUUUUGGACUUGCGCUAAGUACGGCCUUGGUGUCGCUUAAAAAUAAAGGAUCCAUAACUUGCAAUUUGACCCAUGAUGAUUCUGCCAGAAUAUGGAGCUAUAUCGGGAAAGAGAAAAUGCCUUCACGUGGAAUAAGUAUUCGAGCUAUAGAAACUGUCAGGUAUAAAGUGAUAGAUACUAGACAGAAUGACCUUCUCGAGGAGAUAGAGGAAAGCAAGGCUUUCUUUCAGGUGUAUGAAGGUGCAGUCUAUCUGCACCAGGGGAAGUCUUAUCUAGUUAAAGAGCUCAAUAUAUCGGAAAAGAUUGCUUGGUGCCAGCAAGCUCAUGUGAACUAUUAUACCAAAACUCGAGAUUACACGGAUGUCCAUGUUAUGGGAGGUGAUACUGCCUAUCCAGUCAUGUCCUGCAACCAGAAUAAAAGAACGACGGCUCAAGCACGUUCUUGCACAGUAACAACCACUUGGUUUGGAUUCCGUCGUAUGGCAAGAGGAAGCAACAGAGUCUUGGAUACAAUUGACCUUUCACUGCCCAGUUACUCCUACGAGUCACAGGCUGCGUGGAUCGGAGUUCCUCAAUCACUUAAAAAAUCGGUGGAGGACAUGGGUUUCUCGUUCCAAGGGGGAUUGCAUGCUGCUUCUCAUGCUCUUCUUAAUGUAGUGCCUUUAUAUGUACGGUGCAAUUACUCUGACUUGGCUCCAGAGUGCCCAAACCUGCAUGAUAAUCGCUAUUUCCCUGAAAGAAUUCUAGUAUAUGAACAGCAUCCCGGUGGCACUGGUGUCUCAAAGCAGGUACAACCUUAUUUCAGUGAGCUUCUGAAUGCAGCAUUAGAGCUCCUCACUUCUUGUAGUUGCCAUGGGUACACAGGUUGUCCUAAUUGCGUUCAGAGCGUAGUGUGUCACGAGUACAAUGAGGUGAUCCACAAAGAGGCAGCCAUUAUGAUCAUUAAGGGUGUUUUGGUUGCGGAGAAGUCCUACUUUGCUGAACUUGACAAUUGCUCUUGAAAGAGAUCCAUCCAGUUAGUCACCUACUUUCAAACCGACGUGGCAGUUACUUCCUUGUGUAAUUGCAAUGGAGUUGGCGACGCCGGCCAAUUUUACAGAUUGCGUAGUUUGCAAAAAAAAAGUCGUACGAGAUGUAUGCCACAAUUAUUAUGGCACUUUCCUAACACUUCCUUGUAGAAAGAUUUGGAUUUUUUUUUGUUUGUAAUUUGGAUUUUUAAAAGUCAAAUCAUUUGUUUGAUAAAUUUAUGAGAUGAUUUUCAAAUACAUGGUUAUGUCUAGUG